UUGCUUCAUAGGUCUUCUUCAGCUCGUGGCAUUUACCGCCUUUCGGAGUUGUGUGAUAAGAAACGCAAGUGCACAGUCUACGUGGACACGACCACGUUCGAAGAUGAUCCAUGUCCGACGACAUCGAAGUAUCUCCAGAUGAGCUAUAAAUGUCGUCCGAUUCUCUUCGAUGGCGAGUCCUUCUGCGAGGGAGCUGAGAUGCACUUGGAAUGUCGUGAAGGACGUCGAUUGGCAAUCUAUUCGGCUACGUACGGUAGAAGCAGUCGCACUCAGGCAGCCCACUGUACAGCUCCGGUACAUUUCGUUAAAGGUAAGUGCCUUCUUGCCAGACCUGAACUGGGGAUCCAAAGUAAUAGAGAUCAACUGGUAUUUGAAAGUUUCCAACUGACAUUUUCUAAGCUCCGAGAUGUGGUUGAGUAG